AUGACAAAGUUACUGGAAUGGAUAUCUGUAAUAUCUGCUGUUUUUGCGGUGUGGUAUUCUUUGAUCGGGGGUUAUGUGAAGCAUCCAAUGAUUGAACAGAACAUGAAUCUUAUUAUAGUGUCUCCUAUUAUAUUUAUUAUACUCUUCGGCUUGUAUGCAGUGGCUGUAGUACUUUAUAGAGUGUUUACCUUCAAUAACUGCGAAGAUGCAGCCAAAGAACUCCAAGCUGAGAUUCUUGAGGCAAAAAAGGACUUGCAUGAUAGGGGUCUGAGGUGGUAA